CCCUCUCUCCUCCUCUCCCCUCUCUCCUCCUCUCCCCUCCCCGGCCCUGCCUUGGCUCUGCAUUUGGAAGGCUGAUCUUCUGUGAAAAAAAUCCCUGACAUUUGAGUCUCUCCCGGGAUUUACCGAGCAUGCCCAGUGUUCGCCCUCUCCUCGGAGGAAACGGGUGUAGAUUGGAGUCGGACGGAGCCAAGCCUGCUGCGUGUCAGUGCGACUUUACAGCUGGCUGUAAGGUUAGGAGCAACUGGCGCUAGCUACACUCUUUUCUUGUCCCAACAAAUACUUUUUAUAUCUUUACAAGUAUUUAAAAAACUCCCUAGGAUUUUUAUCGGGAAGUAUUUUUUUUUCAACGUUUUUCUUUGAUUCGAGGAGUUUAUUUGCGCGUAGAAAAGUUGAGUUGAAGUCUGAGCAGUUUAGCAGCUCCGUGUGGUCGACUCCUCCACGUCAAGUCGAGCUCUGGUCGCAAUCCUUUUUCUUUGCGACUCGGUUGGAAGCAAAAAAAGCUGGUCUUUUAAAUGCUUGUUAGGAAAAUGGAUCUGUUGAGCUAUCAGUACCUGGACAAAAUGAACAACAACAUCGGAAUACUUUGCUACGAAGGCGAGGCAGCGCGUCGAGGUGAUCCCAUGAUGCACCAGUCCAUGUCCUUGUCAUCGUCUGGCGUCUCCAACCAUAGCCACCGGACGGGCCAUCCACCCAUCAGCCCCAGCAAGAGGAAGCAUAGCCGUAGUCUCAGCACAGGACAGGACCAACAAGACAAUGAUGACCAAGACUAUGACAACCAACACGUGGCCAAGAUGAGCCGGCUGUUUGCUGCACAGUUAGGCAAGCCUUCCAAUGGCGACUUCCGUAGUACUAAGGACCGUCGUGACUGUAGCCGCAGCCCCAUGGAGCGAGCCGCCACCCCCUCCAUGGUUCUCCAUGUCAACCACCACCUUUAUGGCCCCCACCACCACAUGCCCAGCCUGGCCAUGGACCAGCCUCUCGCCCUGACCAAAAACAACAUGGAUGCCGCCCGUACCUUUGUCAUCUCACCAACCGUCAGCCCUGUGGAACGCCAGCAGAAUCGUCCAUCAGUGAUAACGUGCGCUCCAGCCAAAAACCGGAACUGUAACCUGCCUAACAACUACAAUAGACCAGCCUGCAACUCCAACUCUGCGUGUGUUGACCCGGUGAUCGAGGAGCAUUUCCGUCGCAGCCUGGGGAGGAACUACAAGCAGCCGGAACCCGUCUCUAACUCUGUGUCCAUCACCGGCUCUGUGGACGACCAUUUCACCAAGGCCUUAGGAGAAACCUGGCUGCAGAUCAAAGCCAAAGGAAGCUCCUCCUCCUCCUCCUCCUCCUCCUCCCCUGACUCCUCCCCCAACAGUCACAUGGUCAACCACAGCCACUCUCCAUCCAUUGUGUCCUGAUGGGAGGGGCUUAGAGCCAGCUAAAACCCGCCCCCCUGCCCCAUCCCUUCAUCACUGUAACACCACAGGUUAAAACCGCCCUGCUGGAGAGUUACUGGCUAGGCAGGGUGUAUUCAUUUAGCUCCAGCCCUGUUGUAACUAACACCUGAUGCAUCUAAUCAAGGUCCCGAUGAACAGCUGAUGUAGAAGAAUCAGUCAUAUUCAUGAGGUCACCAAACUUGUUUUAAUUUUGUGUUGCAAAAUAUUUAGUUAUAGUGUGCACUAACAAAUACGACCACAGGUGUGUUUCAGAGCAGGGCUGGAGGAAAACCCUGCGCGUCCAAUGUCUCUCCUUCCAGGAAGAGGGUUGGCCUUGUUCCCUGGUGUAAGACUACCCUGCAUGAUGUAACCCCGUAGAGAGCUGUGCCUGUAGCUAGGGAUAUAGCCAUGUAUAUAACCAUGGAGUAAAAGGGAAGCAUUUUCUUUUCUCUACGUUUUGACUUUUGUCCUUUAUUUAGUUUUGAAUUGACUUUUUAUGUAGAAGUAGGUUUUGCGUACUUCUUUCUGCUUGUGUUAUUGGACGGCUGAGAUUUUGAAGAGAAAAGCUGAGUGGGAAACGGUUUGUUUCUGUGAACAAUGAGAUGUACGGAUUCAAAAUAGAGACGCAUCCCAACCAACCACAUGCCUUCGUUACCAAAGAGAACUCUGAUGCAAAUCUGUUACCUCCUUUAAAAAAAAAGAAAAUGCAUUUUAUUUCCCCCAUCUUUUAGUUUGCUCCCUCACCCCUCCACCCCUACUUUCCUCUCCCUCACCCCUACUUUCCUCUCCCUCACCCCUACUUUCCUCUCCCUCACCCCUACUUUC